AUGAGUACAGAUCUACAGCCGUCAAAACUUGGUAACAAAGAACACUGGGAUGACGUUUACAAGACAGAACUAGAAAUUUUUGAUGAAACAGGCGAUGAAGGUGAAAUUUGGUAUGUCCUCCCUUUAACUGACCAUCCCUAUUCUCCGAUCCGAUGCGACAGGUUUGGCGAAGAGAGCGUGGAAAAGAUGGUGGAUUGGACGGUAGAAAAUGUGCCAUCUUCGCAGGGUCCAUCAAUUCUUGAGAUCGGUAGUGGUAACGGCACACUUCUUUUUGCUUUACUAGAAGCUGGAUACGACGCGACGACUCUCUGCGGUAUCGACUAUAGUAUGGAUGCUGUCCAACUUGCACAGAAAAUCUCAUCGACACGAGAUGGCGAGCGUAUAUCUUUUGACCAGCGCGACUUUCUCUCUGAAGAUCCGUCAGUGCUGCCGCAUAUGGAUCAGGAGAACUCGUCCGGUCAAUGGGAUCUUCUUCUCGAUAAGGGAACUUACGAUGCCAUCGCUCUGGGGCAGCGGGAUGAGCUAGGUCGUUCACCUGCGUAUCAGUACCCUUCGCGUGCUGCCAGGCUACUAAAAGCAGACGGGUUCUUCCUGAUAACAUCAUGUAACUUUACUGAAGACGAGCUCAAAGCACACUUCGUAACGCCGGAGACGGGCUUUGUAUACCAUUCACGAAUACAGCAUCCCACAUUCAUGUUCGGUGGUAAAAGUGGAAGUAUCUGUUCUAGUGUUGCAUUUAAAAAGAUGUAG